ACGAAAAGUAAUACUUAAAAAAAAUAAUUGAAAGGUUGGAUGUUUUUGACACCACAAACUUCACCUGAUUUUCAAAAUUCAUCUCAUUUGUUUGCUGCAACGACAGAAUGGAAUUAACGGGCAGCGUACAGUGCUACGAGUGGGGCAAGCUUGGUGAGCACUCGUUUGUGGCCAAACUGGCCAAAGCGAACGACGGGGAUCUGGACGUGAAACCGGAUCGUUCGUAUGCCGAGCUGUGGAUGGGCGACCACGUCAAUGGGCCAGCCACGCUGAAGGGCGAUGGUAGGACACUCGCCGCGGCGGUGCAAUCGGAUCCAGCCGGCACCAUCGGUAGUGCCGCGGGGACCAGUUUGCCCUUUCUGCUGAAGGUGCUCAGCAUCCGGAAAGCGCUCAGUGUCCAGGUGCAUCCCAGUAAGCUCGAGGCCGAAAAGCUACACCAACAGUUCCCCGACAUUUACAAGGACGCAAACCACAAGCCGGAGCUGGCGAUUGCACUGACCGACUUCCACGCGUUGUGCGGCUUUCGAGCGUAUGGCGAAAUUUUGCAGCUCCUGGAGCAGUGGGAACCACUCCGUGUGCUGAUCGGUACGCCGGCGAUGGAGCGCCUUCGCGCCGAACCCAACCUGGAAGCCGUCCGGGUGGUUUACGAACGGCUGAUGCGCAGCGAACCGGAUGCCAUUCGGGGUUGUAUUGAGAGCAUGGCUGAGUGCUUCCGGCUCGAUGCUGAGAUGGCGGACUUGCAACGAUUGUUCCUGCGCCUGUACGACGACUUUGGCUGUGACGUCGGCGUGCUGUCGAUUUUCUUUCUCAAUGUCCUGCACCUGAAACCGGGCGAGGCGAUCUACCUGCCAGCGAAUGUACCGCACGCGUAUCUGGAGGGCGACUGCGUGGAGUGUAUGGCCUGCUCUGACAACGUAGUGCGUGCCGGGCUAACGCCGAAAUUCAAGGACGUUGAGACCCUGCUGCGGCUCGUAUCGUACGAGGGGGGUCCACCCGAAACCAUGCUGUACCGCGCUCGGUUGCUGGACGAGCACCGUCUACCGUACACGCGUACGUUCGUGCCGCCCGUGCCGGAUUUUGCCGUGUCGGAGAUUAAGCUGCCCGCUGGUGCACGACAGUACACGCUGGACAACCCACCGACCGGCUCCAUUCUGCUCGUGACCAACGGCCGAGCAACGCUACGAUGCCCGGAAGGAACCGUGCUUGCGCUUCAGUUCGGCACCGUUCUAUUUCUUCCCCACCGGGCCGGUCGAACCAUAGCGUUGGAACUAGACGACGGCGAUGAACCGUUCCUGGCGUUCCAGGCAAUGGCGAACGGUUUCCUGGAAACGAACUAGCGACUAGGCGGUCAACAGGACUAUUGCAAUAGCUCAAUACAAUAACCCAUUUGAUCGAACAAUUUAUUAUUUACAUAAAUAUUACACAAAAAAAGAAACGGAAAGUAGAGGCCGUUGGAUAUUGUAACCAGAAAACGUAAACCAAAAAAACUAGGACAUAUAACAUCUU